AUGUUUAUUAAUAUCAAUAGAUUGUCAUCAGUCAAAUAUUUUUCUAAUGUUACUAAAACAAUCCAAAUAAGAAGUAUUACAACAUUAUCUGGUGAUGAUUAUAAUUAUAUACACAAAAGUAAACUUCCAACAUUAAAAUUUCAAAAAAGUUUACCAAGACUCCCUAUUCCAAAAUUAGAAGAUACUAUUAGACGUUACCUUUCUGCUGCUGAAGCUGUUCUUCCAGAAGUUGAAUAUAAAAUUUUAUAUCAAUUAACAAAAGAAUUUGAAGCUUCUGAGGGAAAAGAAUUACAAGAACUUCUUUUACAACAUGAUAAAGCUAAUAAACAUACCAGUUAUAUUUCUGAACCAUGGUUUGAUAUGUACUUAUCAUCACGUCUACCAUGUCCUGUUAAUUUUAAUCCAUUUAUGAUGUAUUCACCUGAUAAGGAUACAACUCAAAAUGAUCAAUUAACUAGAGCAACAAAUUUUGUUAUUUCAUUUGGAAGAAUAAAAAAAGCUCUUGAUAAAGGUUGCUUAGAUCCAGAAGUAUUUUUUAUGAAACCUGAUGUAAAAGAUAGUAAAUUAUAUAAUAAUUUAGUUAAAGCAUCACCAGAUUUUAUAUCAUGGUAUGUAGGAUAUUUUUUUAAAGCAUUUGCAUUAGAUAUGUCACAAUAUGGUAAUUUAUUUGGUAGUACCAGAAUACCAGAAAUUGGAAAAGAUAGAUUAUUUUUAGAUAAAAAGUCAAAUUUUUUUGUUGUAGCUAAAGGAGGAAACUUUUUUAAAGUACAAUUAUUUGAUGAUUGUGGAAAUAUUUUACCACCACAAGUUAUUCAAGCAUCAAUUGCAAAAAUUUUAGAAAAUACAUUAGAAGUUUCUAGUGAUUGUGCUGUUGGUUCAUUAACUUGUGCUGAUAGAGAUACAUGGGCUAAAGCUAGAAAAAAUUUGGAAAAAUCUCCAUUAUCAGCUAGUAGUCUUGCCCUAAUUGAUUCUUCAUUAUUUUUAUUAUGUUUAGAUGAUAUUAAAACAACUGAUCAUCAAAGAUUAAUUCAAAGUUUACUUAUAGGAGAUAAUGGUGCAAAUAGAUGGUUUGAUAAAUGUUUUUCAUGUAUUGUUGACAAAAAUGGUCAUACAAGUAUAAAUUUUGAACAUUCUUGGGGUGAUGGUGUAGCUGUAUUAAGAUUAAUGAAUGAAUCUAAAAAAGAUGUUGAAUUAAAUCGAUUUGUAACAUCUACAGAUUCUGUUGAUACAUCUAUUAAUGUUGAAAAAUACAUUAAAAAAUUAGAAUUUUCAUUAAGUGAUGAAGAUAAAGAAACUAUUAAAAAUGUUCAAAAUCAACAUUUAGCAUUAGCAAAUAAAUUAGAAUUUGGAACAGUUGAGUAUGUUAAAAUGAAUAAAAAUUUAUUAAAAAAGUUCAAAGUUUCACCGGAUUCAAUAAUGCAAUUAGCAAUUCAAUUAGCAUAUUACAAAAUGUAUAAACAAUUUGUACCAACAUAUGAAUCAGCAAGUACUGCUGCAUUUUUAAAGGGAAGAACAGAAUGUGUUAGAUCAGCAACUAAAGAAACAAAAAAUGUUGUUUUAGCAAUAAAUCAAGAUAAAGGUAAUAUUUCUGAAUUAAUAAGAAAAGCAUCAGCUGUACAUUAUUUACUUUGUAAAGAAGCAGCAAUGGGACAAGGUGUUGAUAGACAUUUAUUGGGAUUAAAAAUUGCUGCAGAAAAGUUUAAUAAACCAAUUCCAGAAUUUUAUGAUCAUGAUAUUGUUAAAUAUCUAAAUCAUUAUGUUUUAUCAACAUCUACACUAUCAUCUGAUACAAUCAUUUUUGGUGGUUUUGGACCAGUUGUUCCAGAUGGUUUUGGUAUUGGUUAUAAUGUUACAGGUGACAAAAUUGGUGCCGUAAUUUCAUCAUAUAAGAACAAAAAAAAUGCUCAAGAGUUUGCAAAUUCACUUUACAAAAGUUUAGAUGAAAUUAAAUUUUAUUUAACAAGAGAAACAUAA